UAGUCACGAGUGUCUCCCUCCACUCAUUUUCCUUCAAAAUCGAUCACUCUGUGCGUUGUUUCAUUUUCGUCCGUUCUUCUCCAUCAAGAACAUGUAAACAAGGACACUUUGCAACAACUCAAAGUACUACAACAUUUUUCUGAAUUCAGCAAUAAGAUAGUACAAGAUGAGACACGGUCGCUCCAAAGCAGCCCGCAAGACGCUUCAGUUCUUUGCUCGCACUCAGGGCUUUCGACCUCCCUAUCACGUUCUGCUUGAUGGAACCUUUUUGGUGGCAAUGCUCAAGUACAAGUUCCCCCUUCGAGAGCGACUGGAUAAAAUGCUGCAGCAUGAUGCCUUUACCCUGUAUACCACCAGUUCCUGUCUCCAAGAAUUGGCAAAACUCAAACAGGCCAGUAAUGAUACUAGCAAUAAAGAACAAGCAGAGUUGUUUCAAGAAACCAUUCAAUGGGCCAGAAGAGAAUGUCAAGUGUUGCUGGAAAAUCAAGAGGAACAAGAAGACAAACAGAAUUCAUUGGAUAAGUCCACCAAGGAUUGGCUGGAUAGGGUAUAUCCAGACUUGGAAGAGCAGAUUGGGCCUCCUGGAUGGGAUAUCCUGAAAUUGGCACUACAAUCUACCAACCACAACAACCACAACAAUAACAACCAUUUACACAAUGGAAGACACUACUUGGUGGCCUGUCAAGAUGAAACCCUCUUGGAUGUGCUCCGAAAAUCAGGACGCGUCCCCUGUAUUCGAUUGGCACGAGGCAGUGUCCUCUUGUUGGAAAAUCCAUCCAAAGCGGGACAAGCACAAGACUCGCGGGAUGAAACCAAAAAAUGGACCGGGCUCGUCAUUCGAGAAGAAGAACGGAAGCUGGUACAAAUUGUCAAACAAGAACGACAAAAAGAUUCUACUGCGAAUCAUACAACGUAUAAUAAUAAUAAGCAACAUCAACAGAGGAAAAAACGCAAGGCCAAGGAACCCAAUCCACUCAGUUGCAAGAAAAAGACGAAGAAGGGCGAUAGCGAGGCAAACAAUCCCAACAAAAAGAGAAGGAGGCGGAAAAACAAUAAUGGGGAUACAACUGCAGCAACAGCAUCAGACAAGUAGGUAGAAAUGUGUCUUGAGCAGCUUGAGUUUGCUUCCUUCUCAACCAAACAAUCAUCAAACAAAGAGAGCCAUGGUUGCUCGUUGCACCUUUCAAACAGCGCCUCGCUAUGCAUACGGUAUAUAUUCAAAAGCGACACUGAGCUAUAAUAUUUGCUGUCUUAUAUAGAUAACCUUGAUGAUAGUCCAUCGCCACAAGUUCCCUUCUUUUACGCCGAC